UCGCACACGUCGCGCGCGCCUCGUGCAGGUUGCGUCCGAGGCGUUUCGCUCAUGUCCCCCCCCGUUUCGCACGUGUCUCGCACGUUUUUUUUGCUUGGCUCGAGCAGUUUGCGUUCAAGCUACAGCUCUUGCUCGCUCGCUCGGGCGAGCUUUGCCGAGGGUUCACUCCCAGAUCGUCAAAACUUGCACUCGCAGGCACCAUGAGGGCUGCUUGCUGGGCGGGAUGGGCGUCCGCCCGAGCGGCACUUGUGUGCGCAGUGGUGGUGGAGCUCGUCACGGCGGAAGGUCCAAUGCCUAUGCCUGCUGUGCCGAUUUACACUGUCUCCACGAGAGCAGGCGACGCUGGGGCGGAGCGCCAGUGGUCGAUCGUGCUGGCGGACGAUGCUACAGAUGAGGAGAUGCGCCGCAUGAGCCGGGAGUUCAGCAACGGGCAGCGGAGCCAUCCGGGCAGAGGUGAGGUGCCGUUUGUGGCGGGGAGCGCGACGGAAACAGCUCUCAACGCGCUGCUGGUGAAGUACACGGGUCGUGUCAGGUUUGUACAAGAGGACCAGUUCCUAAAAAGGGUCCCAGACAUGAAGCCGUUCGAGGCAGAUGAGCUACCACUGCAGCGGCAGACCUACCCAUGGGGUAUCCAGUACGUCGAAGCGGACGUGGUCCGGGGGCGGGGUGCGGGGGUACAUGUGUAUGUGCUGGACACUGGGAUCCGCAUAACCCACAACGAGUUUGGCGGCCGGGCUUUCGCUGGAGUGGACGUGGCCGCCUCAGGAGCGUACCCUGGCUAUGUCACGCUGUGCUCGCCCCUCAGCACAACGUGUGCUGCCGACGCCCAGGGGCACGGCACCCACUGCGCGGGCACGGUGGGGGCUUCGACAUACGGCGUCGCCGACGGCGCGACGAUCUGGGCCAUGAAGGUCUUGGAUGAUGAAGGCUCCGGCUGGAGCACGUGGUCCAUUCUAGCCGAGCAGUGGAUCUUGUCGUCCGGGAACAGGCCAGCGGUGGUUAGCAUGAGUCUCGGGGGCGCGGGCACGAGCCUCUCGGAGCAGGCCUCGAUAGACGCGUUAGUGGCCGAUGGUGUGACGGUGGUGGUGGCUGCAGGGAACUCGAACCAGGAUGCGUGCGGCUUCAAUCCCGCAGGCGUUCCUUCGGCAAUCACGGUAGCAGCUUUUGGCGGGUCUUGGGGGGAUUCAUGGGACCGAUCUUCGUACAGCAAUUGGGGCUCCUGCGUCGAUGUCUAUGCUCCAGGCACGAGGGUCCUCUCGGCGGGGCCACUCAGCGACACCCACAGUUGGUACGCCACCGGCACGUCCAUGGCUUGCCCACAUGUUUCGGGGCUCGCUGCCAGGAUGUACGAGGCGCAUCCAACCGCUGGGUCUAUGACUGCUGCAGAGAGGUGGGAUCUCCUGACUGCCAAGACAUGCGUCGGCUGUAUCACUGACGGUGCGACCUCUUCACCCACUGUCAAUUUGGUGAUCCUAGCACCAACUGCUGCGCCUCCAGCAUCGCCGACCGCUUCGCCAACACCAGCGACUGCACCCACCGUGCCGCCACCGACGCCCGCGCCGGUCUGCGGCGAAAAGGGCACCGACUACACUCUCUGGGAAACGCGACGCGGCGAGCGCAUCGUGGGUGGGCAAGACGCCACGUCGUGCGAGUGGAAGUGGCAGGUUUCCCUCUCGUCGUCUUCUUACGGGCACUUCUGUGGAGGAACACUGGUCGCCUCGAACUGGGUCCUGACUGCUGCCCAUUGUGUUGGGUGGUCGUUCUCCAUCGUGGCGGGCAGCUUCAGCAAGUCCACAACCGAUGCGGCCGAGGUGGUCCUACAGGUGAAGGAAGUGUUUUCGCAUCCAGACUAUGACAGCUCGACGAUGCGAUACGAUUUCGCCCUGGUGGAGCUGGUCGAUGCCGCACCCUUGAAUGAGUGUAUCGGGGUAGCAUGCUUGCCCAAUGAGAAUAUCGCUGUCGGUGAGGAGUGCUUCAUCACCGGGUGGGGUACCCUCUCCUCUGGAGGGCCCUCCCCUGACUCCAUGCAGGAAGCGCAGGUGAGCAUCCUCAGCAACUUGGACUGCGGCGCUGCUUAUGGCAGUGCGGCGAUCACCGAUGACAUGCUUUGCGCGCAGGGCGUCAACGGCGCCGGGGACGUCACCGACGCCUGCCAGGGAGACAGUGGCGGGCCGCUCGUCUGUGCGUCUGGUGGCGCUGCCUACGUCUUGCACGGAGCCACAUCGUGGGGCUACGGGUGCGCGAUGGAGCAGUACCCUGGGGUCUGGUCUCGGGUCAGCUACGUACGUGACUGGAUUGACGAGCUGAUGGGGGUGCCUGGCUCCCCUGCACCAGCGCCCCUGCCAACUCCGGCAUCCCCUCCAACGCCCGCUCCCCAGCACAUGUGGGCGGCCGUUGUCGGCCAGUGCACGCUAGACGGCAACUGCGUGCAGAGCGCGAACUAUCCGCAGAACUACGGUGCCAACGAGAAGUGUACGGUUGAGAUCGACGAGACGAACGCAGCGCCGAUCGUCGUUGAGAGUUUCGAUGUGGAGUCGUAUUUCGAUUACAUCAUUGUCAACGGAGUUACGUUUUCUCACACUUCGGGCCCCGAUGGUGUCACGCCGACGGGGAGCAUGGUGUGGUCGUCCGACUUCAGCGUGCAGCAGGGCGGGUGGAGGUUGUGCUCGCCUGCACCGCCACCAACGCCGGCUCUGCCGCAGACCCCAGCGCCGACGGCAACGCAUACAGCCGCGCCAACAGCAGCACCAACGGCUUCCCCGACUGCUACGCCGACCUCAUCACCCACUGCUUCCCCCACUGAGGCACCGAUACUUGCCCCGACUGCGGCACCAACGACUGCACCGAGCUCUGCACCGACAGCAGCACCGAGUUCCGCACCGAUAGCAGCACCCACCGCUUCCCCAACACCAGUACCGACGCCUCUGCCGACCGAGGCACCAACUGCUGCGCCGACUGCACCACCAACGAGUGCGCCGACAGCUGCACCAGUUGCCGCUCCGACUGCAGCACCGACCGGGCAACUGACCACUGCGCCGACUGCUGCGCCGACCGAAUCGCCGACAGCUUCCCCAACAGCGGCACCAACAGUUGUGCCGACUACGGCACCAACGGCUGCACCAACUGCUCCGUCCCCGACGCCAACGCCCGCUCCCCAGCACAUGUGGGCGGCCGUUGUCGGCCAGUGCACGCUAGACGGCAACUGCGUGCAGAGCGCGAACUAUCCGCAGAACUACGGUGCCAACGAGAAGUGUACGGUUGAGAUCGACGAGACGAACGCAGCGCCGAUCGUCGUUGAGAGUUUCGAUGUGGAGUCGUAUUUCGAUUACAUCAUUGUCAACGGAGUUACGUUUUCUCACACUUCGGGCCCCGAUGGCGUCACGCCGACGGGGAGCAUGGUGUGGUCGUCCGACUUCAGCGUGCAGAAGGGCGGGUGGAGGUUGUGCUCGCCUGCACCGCCACCAACGCCGGCUCUGCCGCAGACCCCAGCGCCGACGGCAACGCAUACAGCCGCGCCAACAGCAGCACCGACGGCUUCCCCGACUGCUACGCCGACCUCAUCACCCACUGCUUCUCCUACAGUGGCACCGGUCAUUGCCCCGACUGCGGCACCAACGACUGCACCGAGCUCUGCACCGACGGCAGCACCGAGCUCCGCACCGACAGCAGCACCCACCGCUUCCCCAACACCAGUACCGACGCCUCUGCCGACCGAGGCACCAACUGCUGCGCCGACUGCACCACCAACGAGUGCGCCGACAGCUGCACCAGUUGCCGCUCCGACUGCAGCACCGACCGGGCAACUGACCACUGCGCCGACUGCUGCGCCGACCGAAUCGCCGACAGCUUCCCCAACAGCGGCACCAACAGCUGUGCCGACUACGGCACCAACGGCUGCACCAACUGCUCCGUCCCCGACGCCAACGCCCGCUCCCCAGCACAUGUGGGCGGCCGUUGUCGGCCAGUGCACGCUAGACGGCAACUGCGUGCAGAGCGCGAACUAUCCGCAGAACUACGGUGCCAACGAGAAGUGUACGGUUGAGAUCGACGAGGCGAACGCAGCGCCGAUCGUCGUUGAGAGUUUCGAUGUGGAGUCGUAUUUUGAUUACAUCAUUGUCAACGGAGUUACGUUUUCUCACACUUCGGGUCCCGAUGGUGUCACGCCGACGGGGAGCAUGGUGUGGUCGUCCGACUUCAGCUGUGCAGAGAGGUGGGUGGAGAUUGUGCAUGCCGGCGCCAGCUGCGGUACCGACGCAGGCACCGCAGGCAAGACGCCCUCGGCGCCUCCUGGAGGAGGCCAUGGGGUCUGACGGUCCUGCUUCGGCGCCGGCGGCGGCAUCGGGCACCCUUCGAGGCACGGGCGUCCAGUCGGGCGGGCCCGCGCCGCCCGCCGAGCCCACGGGGGCCGAGGUCGAGGCGGGCACCGAGUCGAGCAGCAUGGAGAUCGGCGUUGUUGCUGUGGCCGCUGGCGGAUGCCUGUGGGCCCUGUGCUUGUGGCGCACGCUGCGGAAGAAGGUGUUGGCCCACGGCCGCGUCGGCCUGGACGGCGGCGGCGCCGUGAGCUUGCACAUGGACGUGGGCGGCGAUGCGGAAGGGGGCGCCGGCGAGAAGUUCCUCGUUCUUCCGGCGAAAGGGUCGCCAGGGGAGGAGGACAACGCCCACGUGCCUCUGUGAGUGGGGUGCCUGGGUUCGUGUUGCCCCGAGGGGGCCAAGGGUCCAACCGAGCAUUCCCCGAGGGUGCCCGUGGCGUGCAGGCAAUGCUGUAGCUCGCUUUGUGCUUGGAAUUCGGUCUCGGCGCGCCCUGAGGGACCGCGCCGCGCUUUUUUGGCCUCCCUCCUCCCUCCUCCCUCCUCCCUCCUCCCUCCCUCCUCCCUCCUCCCUCCUCCCUCCUCCCUCCUCCCUCCCGAUCGCCCCGGCGGUGGGCUGUGUCGGAGCGGGCAUGAUGCCUCGAGGCAACUUCUCCCUGGCGCGCCUAAGGAGUGCGCCGCGUCUGUGCGCCGGACGCCCCCGCGGCGCUGAGCUGCACGGGCGGGAGCAGGCAUGAGCCCUGGGGCGUCGCCUGCGUGGCGCGGGAACUGCGCUGCGUCUCCGAACUUGCCUGCCGCCUUCUCGACAGAGGUCGCGGCCUGGAGCUGCUUUUUUUGUAGUCUUGGCGCAGACGUUUCGCUGCCAGUCUCGGUGCGGCGCCGCGCACGAGUCGCUGGGGUUGGGGCCAACGUUGGCUAGCGUCGUCUGAGCCUUUUUUUCUAUUUUGGGUUGGAGCGGGCAUGAUCGACCUCCAGGAUAACCUCUCCCUGGCGCGCCUAAGGAGCGCGCCGCGCCCUCGCAUCCACACGCCUCCGCGGCGCUGGGCUGGCGUGGGCUGGAGCAGGCAUGACCCUUUGGGGUGGUAUCGCCUACAGUCGGCCCAGAUUAGUAGGUCGACCCUGCCAAGUCAAGGGUACCCUCGUGUCCUGUGUCUCGCGACCCAGGCAUCCUACAUUCAUGCGGCCCUCGGAAGGGUCUCGUGUCCUCUCGCGUGUCCUAUGCAAUCGAGUCCGACUGUAGCCUGGUCCGCAUCUGGUUGCCACCUUCAUGAAAGAGGCCGCGGCUGUCCACGUGUUCGGUGCUCAGUCGUGGUGCAUCAGGCUGGACUUGAAUCGCAGUGCAACGCCGCGCACGAGUCGCGGGGAUGAAGGCAGAAUUAUCAACGCCGUCUGCACAAGGCCGUACUGGUUUUUGACCCGCCAGUGCAAGAUGUGGGGGUCGAGCUGCUGGACUGAGGUUCCUCAGCCGCUGUCGAAAAAACACAUCUCGCACGUUUGCACAUCUUUCGCUUUCCGUGUCGCCGCAUGAAGCUUAUCUGCAGGCCUCUGUGGCAAGGUGUUUCAUUGCGGC